UCUCGACCACUUCACCUUCCCCAAAAAAAAACAACCAGAAAAACUCAUUCAAGAAACGAUGUCGACACCCCUACUACGAAGACUAGCACAAUACCAACAACAACAGCAGCAACAACAACAGCAGCAGCAAGAACAAGAACCGAAUAAUAAUGCUGGCCUGAUGAGGCGGACGCAGUCGAUCAAACGACCACUACCACCAGUCCCACCCACCACUACUACCCACACCAACAGCCAACAACCACAACAACAGCCCCCACUAACAGCGAUCUCGAUAAACAAGCUCAACAGCCAAGAGAACAGAACAGCAGAUCAAGGCCCUUCACGCACCAAACCACUCCCUCAACCCCCGGCACCAUCAAGACCUAUUAUCCCUCCCGUUCAUGGCAGACCGACCGAGCUCAGUAAUCCGAACUAUCAUCCCUACCAUCAACAACCUCACACCCACAAUCGAUUCAUUCCUCACCAUCACCAUCACCACCACCAGCAGCACCAGCAGCAGCAGCAACAGACUGCUUCCUUUCAUCAACUUCCGCCUUUUCAGCCUCCCGGCAGCUUCCAGCCUCCCUCUAACUUCCAUUCUCAGCCUCAUCCCCAACCCUCGUCUUCCGAUCAUCAUCACUCAUUUUCGCAUUAUGAAGAGCAUCGCGUAGUUGACGAGCAAACAAUCCAUGCAACAGACGAGCGAGGAGACCAACACGAUGUCCAGCAGGUUCUUGUCGUCGACUCGGAGCCUCGAGAUGAUAGUGGACAUGAAGCGAGUAACGAGGAAGAGAAGCCUGGGGUGCCAGAACUCGUGGUUCCUCGGAUGGUCUCCAACGACGACGACGAUCACGAAGACAACGGAGCUUCGCGAGCGGAAGAGUCGGAGGAAGACAGUCUCCCGGGGAUCAUGGUGACGGAGGAGGAAGGCGUGCCGGGGAUCGUGGUCAGUGUGGAGUCUCCUCCCGCACCCAAGGGGACGACGCGUAAGAAGCCGUUUAUCGCCGACGAAGGACGACGGACUUCGGGGCCACGAGGCGCGACGGUUGGCGGCCCGCGGACGAUCACGCCUGUCCGGAAGGCCGAGCGGGUGGUCUCGACGGAGGCUCGCAGUCGACAACGCUCGGUCCCCCAAAUGAUCGUCUCCUCCACCGACGAGGAUUCUUCUAAUCAACAUCCUCAGGAACAUCAUCAUCAUCAACAGAGUCGCGACGAUUGUCCGCCUCGUCAACUCGCCGCCCCAAUCGGCCCCCAUUCGCUCGCUUGUGCUGGAUGCAGACAGCUCAUCGCUGGCAGAAUCGUCCACGCUCUCGACGCUAAAUGGCACCCCGAUUGCUUCGUCUGUCAACAUUGUAGCCUCGUCCUCGAACAUGUGGCGUUCUAUGAACACGAAGGAAAGGCGUAUUGUGGGGUGGAUUACGAUGAAUUGUUUAGUUUGAAAUGUUACCAUUGUAACACGUCGAUCAACGAGGAUUCGUACGUGAGUCUGGACGACCCCAGUCUGAAGGACGGUCCACGGCAUUACCACAAGCUGCAUCUGUUCUGUUCGGAGUGUGGGGACCCGUUCAUCGACCCGAAGAGUCUGGAAGAACAGUCGCGAAUCUCGGCUCUUCCCAACACCAAUCGAGACCGGAUGCCGAUGACAGUAGAUGAGCCGAAACCGUUCGUGCUCUUCAAUGGUUAUCCGUACUGCGAGAAAUGCGACGUUCGGCUCCAUCGGCCUAAAUGCUUUACUUGUAAGGCCCCCAUCACCGAUGACUUCAUCAAUGCGCUCAAUAAACUCUUCCAUUCCGACUGCUUCGUGUGCUUCGAAUGCCACAAUCCGUUCUCCAAUAACCAGUUCUUUUUGGUCCCCUACGCCGACCUCGAUCCUUCCGUGGACCCCAAAUCUAAACGCGGAGCGCAACAAGUCCCGAUCUGUCUCAACUGUUACUCGUAACUUCUUUGUACCACCAUCCUUUCUUUUUUUGUUUAUCUUCAUGUUGUGGUCGUUUGAUUCUGGUUGACAAUGGAAGAAUUGUUGUGUCGUCUUUUUUUUAUCUCGUUCAUGAAGUUGCUGUGCUUUGAUAUUUGUCCUGAUGAAUCCCCCUCCUUCUCUUCUCUUUUCGUAUUGUAUUACUGGUUCUCUCUUAAUCAACAAAACAAACAAAUGAUGGUUAUUCAAGGAAAACCAGACUCCAGAGUCGCACCAGAGAAAGUGGAGGUCUACCGUCUUCCUGAUGACAAGUCUUGAAAGUAAAACUCAC